AUGAUGCUAAAGUUUUAUGGAAGAACAGUUUUGAGACAAUUCAUAAAAGGUAAGCCCGUGAGGUUCGGAAUCAAAAUGUGGGCCCUCUGCUGUGCUAAUGGCUAUCUAUUUGAUUUUGAAAUUUACUGUGGGAAAAAUUCUGAUACGGAUGGAGUAUUAUCAAAAUGUGCUCUAGGUAGUCGUGUGGUUGUCAAUAUGCUGCAAGUAGUUUUCAGUACCGUGACUCUUCGUAACAGAGAUCGAUUGCACAUUUACUUCGAUAAUUUGUUCACUAGCCCAGAUUUACUUAUCCAUUUGAAAAAAUAUGGAUUGUGUGCUACUGGUACAGUUAGAGAAAAUAGAGUCUGUGUCCAAAAUAGUAUCCAAAAGAAAGACGAUCGAGGAAAAUAUGAGGUAAAACAUGAUCAGAAUAGUGGUUUGAAUUUCUUGACCGUAAUGGACUCGAAACCAGUCUCUAUUUUAUCAACUGCAGCUGGAGCAACACCACUAGGCCCUGUUCUACGUCGCUAA